GGAAAGGGUGAAGCACAACGUCGAAAGCAGCCAAUGGGAGUUCAGGAGGCGGAGCGCCUGUGGGAGCCGUGGAGGAAACUUUCCCAGUCCCCGAGGCAGAUCGGGUGUUGCAUCCAUGGAGCGAGCUGAGAGCUCGAGAACCUGCUAAGGCCAUCAAACCUAUUGAUCGGAAGUCAGUCCAUCAGAUUUGCUCUGGGCAGGUGGUCCUGAGUCUAAGCACUGCAGUGAAGGAGUUAGUAGAAAACAGUCUGGAUGCUGGUGCCACUAAUAUUGAUCUAAAGCUUAAGGACUAUGGAGUGGAUCUUAUUGAAGUUUCAGACAAUGGAUGUGGGGUAGAAGAAGAAAACUUCGAAGGCUUAACUCUGAAACAUCACACAUCUAAGAUUCAAGAGUUUGCCGACCUAACUCAGGUUGAAACUUUUGGCUUUCGGGGGGAAGCUCUGAGCUCACUUUGUGCACUGAGCGAUGUCACCAUUUCUACCUGCCACGCAUCGGCGAAGGUUGGGACUCGACUGGUGUUUGAUCACAAUGGGAAAAUUAUCCAGAAAACCCCCUACCCCCGCCCCAGAGGGACCACAGUCAGUGUGCAGCAGUUAUUUUCUACACUACCUGUGCGCCAUAAGGAAUUUCAAAGGAAUAUUAAGAAGGAGUAUGCCAAAAUGGUCCAGGUCUUAAAUGCAUACUGUAUCAUUUCAGCAGGCAUCCGUGUAAGUUGCACCAAUCAGCUUGGACAAGGAAAACGACAGCCUGUGGUAUGCACAGGUGGAAGCCCCAGCAUAAAGGAAAAUAUCGGCUCUGUGUUUGGGCAGAAGCAGUUGCAAAGCCUCAUUCCUUUUGUUCAGCUGCCCCCUAGUGACUCCGUGUGUGAAGAGUACGGUUUGAGCUGUUCAGAUGCCCUGCAUAAUCUUUUUUAUAUCUCAGGUUUCAUUUCACAAUGCACGCAUGGAGUUGGAAGGAGUUCAACAGACAGACAGUUUUUCUUUAUCAACCGGCGGCCUUGUGACCCAGCAAAGGUCUCUAGACUUGUGAAUGAGGUCUACCACAUGUAUAAUCGACAUCAGUAUCCAUUUGUUGUUCUUAACAUUUCUGUUGAUUCAGAAUGUGUUGAUAUCAAUGUUACUCCAGAUAAAAGGCAAAUUUUGCUACAAGAGGAGAAGCUUUUGUUGGCAGUUUUAAAGACCUCUUUGAUAGGAAUGUUUGAUAGUGAUGUCAACAAGCUAAAUGUCAGUCAGCAGCCACCGCUGGAUAUUGAAGGUAACUUAAUAAAAAUGCAUGCAGUGGAUUUGGAAAAGCCCCUGGUAGAAAAGCAGGAUCAUUCCCCUUCAUUAAGGACUCGAGAAGAAAAAAGGGACGUGUCUAUUUCCAGACUGCGAGAGGCCUUUUCUCUUCGUCACACAACAGAGAACAAGCCUAACAGCCCAAAGACUCCAGAACCAAGAAGGAGCCCUCUAGGACAGAAAAGGGCUAUGCCAUCUUCUAGCACUUCAGAUGCCAUCUCUGACAGAGGCGUCCUGAGACCUCAGAAAGAGGCAGCGAGUUCCAGUCAGGGACCCAGUGACCCUACGGACAGAGCAGAGGUGGAGAAGGACUCGGGGCACGGCAGCACUUCUGUGGAUUCUGAGGGGUUCAGCAUCCCAGACACGGGCAGUCACUGCAGCAGCGAGUGUGCGGCCAGCUCCCCAGAGGACAGGGGCUCGCAGGAACAUGGGGACUCUCAGGAGAAAGCGCCUGAAACUGACGACUCUUUUUCAGAUGUGGACUGCCAUUCAAACCAGGAAGAUACCGGAUGUAAAUUUCGAGUUUUGCCUCAGCCAACUAAUCUCGCAUCCCCAAACACAAAGCGUUUUAAAAAAGAAGAAAUUCUUUCCAGUUCUGACAUUCGUCAAAAGUUAGUAAAUACUCAGAACGUGUCAGCCUCUCAGGUUGAUGUAGCUGUUAAAAUUAAUAAGAAAGUUGUGCCCCUGGACUUUUCUAUGAGUUCCUUAGCUAAACGAAUAAAGCAGUUACAUCAUGAAGCACAGCAAAGUGAAGGUGAACAGAAUUAUAGGAAGUUUAGGGCAAAGAUUUGCCCUGGAGAAAAUCAAGCAGCUGAAGAUGAAUUAAGAAAAGAGAUAAGUAAAACGAUGUUUGCAGAAAUGGAAAUCAUUGGUCAGUUUAACCUGGGAUUUAUAAUAACCAAACUGAAUGAGGAUAUCUUCAUAGUGGACCAGCAUGCCACGGAUGAGAAGUAUAACUUCGAGAUGCUGCAGCAGCACACCGUGCUCCAGGGGCAGAGGCUCAUAGCACCUCAGACUCUCAACUUAACUGCUGUUAAUGAAGCUAUUCUGAUAGAAAAUCUGGAAAUAUUUAGAAAGAAUGGCUUUGAUUUUGUUAUUGAUGAAAAUGCUCCAGUCACUGAAAGGGCUAAACUGAUUUCCUUGCCAACUAGUAAAAACUGGACCUUUGGACCCCAGGACAUCGAUGAACUGAUCUUUAUGCUGAGCGACAGCCCUGGGGUCAUGUGCCGGCCUUCCCGAGUCAAGCAGAUGUUUGCCUCCAGAGCCUGUCGGAAGUCGGUGAUGAUUGGGACUGCUCUUAACACCAGUGAGAUGAAGAAACUGAUCACCCACAUGGGGGAGAUGGACCACCCCUGGAACUGUCCCCAUGGAAGGCCAACCAUGAGACACAUUGCCAACCUGGGUGUCAUUUCUCAGAACUGACCGUAGUCACUGUAUGGAAUGAUGGGUUUUAUUGCCGAUUUUUAUGUUUUGAAAGACAGGGUCUUCACUAACCGUUUUUGUUUUAAAAUGAACCUGCUACUUUAAAAAAAUACACAUCAGACCCAUUUAAAAGUGAUCUUGAGAACCUUUUCAAACCA